CUUGCUUUACUAAAUCAUAAGAGCAUUUGGGUUUUCUUGUCUAGCAAGGAGCAACACCCAUCUCAACUAGCUACCAUGGCAGCGGAGAUAUCAUUUUCCUCUUCCUCUUCCUUCAGCUAUGAAUGGACUUAUGAUGUAUUUCUCAAUUUUAGAGGCGAAGAUACUCGCUUUGAUUUUGUCAGAAAUCUUUAUAAUGCUCUCAAUCAAAAGGGCAUUCAUACCUUUAUGGAUGACGAGGGGCUUAGAAGAGGAGAAAAAAUUACUCCAUCACUUGUCAAAGCAAUCCGAGAAUCAAGAAUUGCCAUUGCUAUUUUCUCCAGAAACUAUGCUUCCUCUACCUUUUGUUUAGAUGAACUUGUUCAGAUCCUUGAAUGUAUAAACUCAAAGGGACGAUUGGUUUUGCCUAUUUUUUAUAAUGUAGAACCGUCUGAAGUACGACAUCAAAAAGAGAAUUAUGCAGAAGCAUUCGCAAAGCAUGAGACAAGGUUCGAGAAUUGCGACGAGGCGAAGGUGCAAAAAUGGAGGCAGGCUUUGCGAGAUGUUGCUAAUAUCUCUGGUUUUGUUUUUAGACCUGGGCAAGAAUAUGAAUGCCAUUUUAUUGAAAGGAUCGUGAAAGAUGUCUCUAUGAGGAUCAACCGCAAACCUUUACACAUUGCUGAUUACCCAGUUGGAAUCGAAUCUCGAGUGCAGCAAGUCCAAUCUCUUUUGGAUGUUAACUCUAAUGAGGGAGUCCAAAUGGUAGGGAUUUGGGGCACUGGAGGAAUAGGCAAAUCAACAAUUGCUCGAGCAGUAUGCAAUUCAAUUGCUGACCUAUUUGAAGGCUUCUGUUUUCUUGCUAAUGUUAGAGAAAACUCACAAAAGCAUGGGUUAGUGCAUCUCCAAGAAAUACUUUUUUCUGAAGUGAUGAUGGAUGAAAAUAUCACCGUAAGAUAUGUCAAUAAAGGAAUUCCAAUAAUAAAACACAAGCUCCACAGAAAGAAGGUUCUAAUAGUUCUUGAUGAUGUUGAUGAACUAGACCAAUUGCAAGCAAUUGCUGGGGGACUUGAUUGGUUUGGUUCUGGUAGCAGAAUCAUUAUAACAACAAGGGAUACGCAUUUGCUAGCAAGACAUGGCGUUGAUAGAAUUCAUGAGGUUGAGAGUUUAAAUCAAGAAGAAGCUCUUGAACUGCUCACUUGGAAUGCCUUUAAACAAAAUAGAGCCGAGCAAAGAUACUUGGAUAAUUUAAAUAAUAUUAUACUAUAUGCCUCUGGUCUUCCAUUGGCUUUGGAAAUUAUAGGUUCCAGCUUGUUUGGUAUGGGAGUAGAAUAUUGGAAUUCUGCACUAGAAAACUGGCGAGUAACUCCCAAUCAAAAGAUCCAACAAGUACUCAAAAUAAGUUAUGAUGCUUUGGAAGAACAUGAGCAGGAAAUUUUUCUUGAUAUUGCUUGUUGCUUUAAAGGAGACACAUUGGAAUAUGUCACAAGCACUCUACUGGCUUCUCAUGGUAGAUGCCCAAAAUAUGCUAUUAAGGUGUUAGUUGAUAGGUGUCUCAUAAAGAUUUGUCGUGAGGAUAAAUUAAGCCUUUGGCCUUCCGAUAGCAUUGUGACAAUGCAUGACUUGAUUCAGGAUAUGGGGAAGGAAAUUGUUCGGCACCAAUCACCAAAUGAGCCUGGAAAACGCUCUAGGUUGUGGUUCACCAAAGACAUUGUUUCCGUUUUAGAAGAGAACGAGGGAACUAAGAAGAUUGAAGUCAUAAAUCUGCACAUGCUGGGAGAUGAAGAGGUUGAUUGGGAUGGAAUGGCCUUCAAAAAGAUGUCAAACCUUAAGAUGCUUAUCAUUAGAAAUGCACAAUUUUCCACAGCUCCCAAGUAUCUCCCAAGUAGUUUAAGAGUGCUGGAAUGGAAGGGAUAUCCUUAUUCAUCUCUACCUUGUGAUUUCAAUCCCAAGCAACUAGUUAUCUUAAGGGUGCCUGAAAGUCGCCUGACACUGAAUACACCACUCAAGAAGUUCCGGUCUUUAACUAUCAUGAAUUUGAGUCGCUGUGAAUUGUUAAGAGAAGUUCCUGACUUAUCUGAAGCCCCAAAUUUGAUUGAACUAUGUCUGGAUGGCUGCAUAAAUUUAACUAAUGUUCAUGCUUCCGUUGGUUCUCUUGAUAAACUUAAGAGGUUAAGUGCUUAUUAUUGCAAGAAGCUCAAGAACUUUCCAAGCAUCUUUUUAAGGUCUCUUGAAUUUCUUGACCUCUCAGAGUGCGAGAGCCUUCAGACAUUUCCAGAAAUAUUAGGAACCAUGGAAAAUUUAAGAGAAAUGAAUCUAACAUAUAGUGGCAUAGAAAUAUUGCCAUUGUCAAUCAAAAACCUCAUUGGUUUAAAAGAAUUAAAUCUUACAAGGAAGUUACGGCAUUGGGGAGUUAAAGUAGAUGACAUUUCAUACUCACAUUUGAAGUCGGAGUCUCUAAACAUAUUACUCAGUCAGGCAUCUCACGAGGUUGAUGGCUUCAAGUUUAUAAUAAGAGGAGACAGACCUCCAAAAUGGCUUGACCAUUAUGCUUUAUUAGAUUCAGUGUCUUUCUGGUUCCGAAGAAAGCAACUUCCCAACGUGGCUGUGUGUUUUGCAGUAUCAGCAUCUAGAGAUGCACGUCACGCCCCAUCUAUUAUCCUAAAUUUUAACGUCCAAAUCAAUGGCAAAUCUUUUGACUCUCCUGCAAAACUUGAUCAUUAUAUUCCAUGUCAAAACUUCUUUUUGGUGGAUUUGCAAAACCUGAUUCCUAUGGAUCAACUCAAGAAUGGAGUUUUGCAAGAUGAAUGGAACCAUGUGAAGGUUUCUUGCAACAUGUUUUCCAUAACUUGUGGAAUUGGUAUGCAACCUCCACUAGAUGAUGCAGUCUAUACAAGAUGGAGCGGAAUAUAUGUGCACAAGCAGAUAUCUAGAAUGGAAGAUAUCAGAUUCUCGAAUCCUAAUGUGGAGUCUUUUUUCACUGAGUUCUCAGAAGGAUCUUCUUCAAAUCUCAGUGCCUUCGAGGAAUUAAUCCAAAAUUGGAUGAAUCUAUUCGUGCAGGGAGGAAGCUUAGACGAAUUUAAUGAUGAUUUUAUUAAUUAUGGACGCGUGAUAUAAUCUCUCGUGGUUUUGUGGUUUUGAUUUUAAUCCUGAAGUUUGGAUUUCUUUCCUCUCUCUUGUGGCUGUGAUUUUGAAUUACACCGAUCGAGUACAUCUAGAUUUGCUUGACAACUUUUCUGUUUAUUCUAUUUAUUUUGCAUUUUACAUAUUUAUACUCUCUUUUAUUUCAAACAAUAGAAUUGCUACUCUUUAAUUUA